UAUAGAUUAGUGUAUAAUAUGAAGUGCUUAGUAUAAACGUGUUCAGAUAGAAUUCAACUUUGAUGCCUAAUUGAUAAGAUAAUUAGAAUAAGCGUAGAAUUUAGACGAAUGGCCGCAUAACAAAUCGCACAUUAAUUGUUCUGACUUAGUUUACGUAUCCAGUAUUUAUUGUUCAGUGUUUAUUGUUCAGUUGUCCUUUGUUCUAGCUGCCUGAUGCUGGGCAGAAAUACAGUUUUGUUUCGUGUGUGUGAAAUGACAAAGUGACUUUACUUGAAUCUCGCCCAGUAAGACGCUGCCUGCGAAAUGUCACUUUUGCCGGUGAACUCGGGUCCUCCCCCAGUUCGAGCCGCAAGCCGCAACUACAACCGCAGUAAAGACAAUGCGCUGCGCGCUGAUUGGCUGAAACUGAAUGCGCUCUGGUGUUUCUUGAAUAAUGUGGCCAAACCUUUUAUUGAUAUGUAAAUCUGACCGUAUAAAUACCACCUACAAGCUAAAGGUACUAACAGCGUAUUCUGCCUAAGCCGUGCUAUUCGCUGGACUAUUUGCUGGGGGCUCUAUUGCGUACGUCUGCCAGCUGCCCCCGAGAAUCCCAACCUUAACUGUGGAUUACAAACACCGCUUUCUUCUUAGCCUGGGUUACAACCAACAUGGCCCCUGUCUUCCGAGCUAACAAAGCUGAAUGUGGCGCCGUUGAGGAAGAAUACUACGGGAUUAAAGGAGACAGAAAGGCAAGAAAACCUUUGGUGGAGAAGAAGAGACGGGCACGAAUUAAUGAAAGCUUGCAAGAACUCAGGAUUCUGCUCUCUGACACUGAUUUACAAUCUAAAAUGGAGAAUGCUGAGGUGCUUGAAAUGACUGUGAAACGAGUUGAGCAUGUCCUCAGAAAUCGAUCCCAAGAAUCUGACGCUAUGAAUCGCGAGGCAAGCGAGCGCUUUGCAGCCGGUUACAUCCAGUGUAUGCACGAGGUGCACAUGUACGUGUCCAGCUGUCCGGGCAUCGACCCUACGGUCGCCGCGGAGCUCCUGAAUCAUCUUCUGGAAUGCAUGCCUCUGAACGAAGACAAUUUCCAGGACAUGCUUGUGGAUUUAAUGUCGGACGUCUCCGACAGCAGCAACAACAGCACUUUGCCUACCGGCAAUGGGAGUGGUGUCACUUCGGCCGCAGUAGGGGGGAUACGCGAAGUCACCUCCGCCUUCUCCCCAGCGCCAUCCACUACAUCCAGCGAUGACUUCUAUUCAGACCUAGAUGAAACCGAUGUGGAGCACAGUCAUAAUUCCUCAGAAGACCAUGCAGUCCAACCCACGACGGCAUAUUUCAAAUCUAUAUGGAGACCGUGGUAGGACUGUAUCCAGGACCACAAUUUGUACCGAGAAGCGUGAACUACGUUCAUGUUUUUCAGUUGGAUAUCAUUCAGACUUCCACUAAUAACAUGUUAUAUGCGAUUGAUGGAAGUGAUUUGUGAAAGCAGCUUCCAGCACUGUUCCCGUCAGGACUGUUACCCGAUGGCUGUCUGUUUUGUAGGCCCAAAUAAGUCGUUUUAGUGGAAGUGUCACCAAAUUAAGGGCAUUUUAACUUGGAUUUCAACUGAACUACAAACUUAGUUAAAUACACAGAAAGUUAAGCAUUCACGGUUCUCUCAUAUUAUCGGCAGAAUGUGCUAUGAACUAUUUUACGCUCAGCAGAUAUGUGUCUCUGCCUUCAGUGAAGGUAUAGGUACGUUACUAACUAGAAAUAGAAGUUAUUUUUGAUAGUCAGACAUUAAUUGCGGGUGCCGCCAAUAGGUCGAUGCACCGUACGUGUAUUUUCUGUGUAUGUCUAGUGACUUGGUCUAAAAUGUAUUAAUAAACUAAUUUAAUUCAGAUAUACGUGAUUAGAUUCUAGUCAUACUGCAGAUUUGUUAAUUCGUAUUUUUAAAUGUAAUUCUAUUCCAAGUAGGCAUACACCUGUGCGGCAUUUUUUCCUCAAUUCGCGCAUGUUUUGGAGCAUGGUGAAUUAUUUUCUUGUUAUACCGUUUUCCUCCACCAUGAUUUGCCAAAUAAACACGAACAGUAUUUA